AUGUCAUAUAAUUACACUACCGAAGUAGAAUUCGAUUAUCUAUUUAAAAUCCUAAUCAUUGGCGACAGUGGUGUCGGAAAAACUACGAUUUUACAACGUUUUGCUCAAGAUUAUUUCUCGACGGAAUAUGUCGCCACAAUUGGUGUUGAUUUUCAAAUCAAAACUAUCGAUGUUAAUGAAAAACGCUGUAAACUGCAAGUCUGGGACACAGCUGGUCAAGAUCGUUUCAAAUGUGUUGUUUCAUCAUUCUAUCGUAACGCCAAUGGUGUAAUGAUCUGCUUUGAUUUAACGGAUUUAGAAAGUUUUCGUAAUGUGGGCAACUGGAUUGAAGAAGUGAAACGAUACUGUCCUGAACAAACACCUAUCUUUCUUGUUGGCACCAAAUCUGAUUUACACACACGACGCAUGAUUUCCUACGAAUCAAUCAAAGCUUUUGCUCAAGCCAAACAACUCUCGUAUUUGGAAACGAGCUCAAAAACAAAUGAAAAUAUCGAACGUUGUUUUCGUGAUUUUACAGCAAUGUUAGUUGUGCACACAAAUCAAAUCGAAUUGACAUAUAAAAGAGAGCCGAAAAAGCCAUCCGUCGAUCUACGUGAGAGAGGCAAAGUAAUCGGAAACAACAAUUCCGGUUGCUGGGGAGGCGAUAAAUGUACGAUUUAA